AUGGCAUUGCGUCUCCUUCCGUUCGCCCCGGCAAACAUGUCGCGCUCCCUCUUCUCCGAAGCCCUCCAAUUCCGCCCCGUUCGCUUCAUGCCACCCGUCGCGACCGCAUUCUUACAACCCGUCUCAAUCUCUCUCAAUAUCCCCGGUCUGCUCUCCGACAUCUGGGAAUCUGUCCUGCGCGCUGUUCCCAAGAAGAAGACUUCCCACAUGAAGAAGCGUCACAGGUUCAUGGCCGGUAAGGCUCUUAAGGACGUCAAGAGUCUCAACAAGUGCCCGGGCUGCGGUCAGCUGAAGCGCGCUCAUUUGCUGUGUCCACACUGUGUCAAGGAUAUCAAGGAAUCCUGGAGAACCCUCGACACCGCAUGA